AGGAAUGGCAUCGGCUGAAGAUGUGCAAAAGAAACUGGCACAAUUUCAAGAAAAUGUCAACAAAAAGGCACUUAUAGAUUGGGUUAGGAUUACAGGCUUACCCAACCCACGCAGGAGGAAACUCGACAGACUAUUAGAGGACUUUACAAGUGAUAUAUUGAAGUAUACCCAUGGUUCGCCUUUUAGUUGGCCUGUCCCUGCUGGAAAUCAAGGUGGCUUAUUGGCUAUACGUGCGCGCAUAACAUAUGACUUCUGGAAAUUUUUUAUGCAAGACGGCCGGAAAAACCUCUACGAAUACAACAACACUAACGGGACUGAUAUCAAGAUUUCGAGAGAAAAAACCAUUACUUUGGAAGACCAAGAACGUUUAGGGCUAUACAUACGCAAAAGGAUCAAGGACGAAUACAGGCGCAUCAACAAAAAAUGUAUAGAAGUUACUUUGAAAAAAAGUUUGCUCAAGAUUGGUGAUAACCAGCCCGUCAAACCUGCCAUUGCAGCAAUAUUGUUGGAUAUCGACAUCGAUCAAUGGUCAGGAUUACCAUUGGAUCAACUUUUAUCUGAAAAAGAAAAAGAAUCUUUACAGAAGGGUGAAAUUAAGAGAGGAUCGUUAGUGCUGCCUGAUAUUCAAUUGAAAAAAUGUGUGCAUACUAAUCAAGAAUUGUCAGUGGAACAUUCUGAAGAAAAGGAGAAUGACGAGCAGGAUCGUCCGUCUACAUCAAAAAAACGCACUUCGGAUCAUGACGAAGAUGAACCCGUUCAGAAAAAGCGAUUGGUGCAGUAAGAAACCAGAAACUGCAAACAAAAUGACGUUUUAUCCUAUUAGAAGAACAUUUUAAUGAGUUUUAUCGAAGCAUGUAAUAAAAUAAAUCAUGAUGAG